ACAAAAUUCAACCAUCGAACAUUCCAUUCGGUUGAACCCGUCUUUCCCCUCACCUUUCUCUCUCAUCACUAUUUCCCCUUCAACCACCGGCGACCACUCAUUCAAUGAAGUGUUUCCACUUCAGCAUCGGCGACCGUCGAACCUCCGCAGACGACGGCGCUCUUUCCCGCUCCUCCACCAAAUUAUCCUGGGCCCGUUCCCUCAGCAGCUUCGACACAAGUCGCCGGUCAGAAUUCGAUUCCAACAACAACAAUAAUAAUAAUACUAAUAAUAGUUCUGGUGACGUAAGCAACGCUGUCGAGUUUUCUGAGUUGUUGUCUCAACGCCGGUCGAACAACCUGCGAGUUUUUAAGUUUUCGGAGCUGAAAGCGGCGACUAAAGGGUUUAAUCGGUCGCUUGUGAUCGGUGAGGGAGGGUUUGGGUGUGUGUUUAGAGGAUGUGUUGGUGGUGAAGAUGAAGGUGAAGAAGAUGUUGCGGUUAAGCAGUUGAGUCGGAAUGGAUUCCAGGGGCAUAAAGAGUGGAUUAAUGAAGUCAACAUCUUGGGGGUAGUCAACCAUCCAAAUCUCGUAAAAUUGAUAGGAUAUUGCGCAGAAGACGACGAAAGAGGGAUCCAACGGUUAUUAGUCUACGAGCUUAUGCAAAACAAAAGCCUGGAAGACCAUUUAUUGGGUCGGGUCGGGUCUCCUCUCUCAUGGAUGACCCGUUUACAGAUCGCUCAAGGUGCAGCCCGCGGGUUGGCUUAUUUACAUGAAGAAAUGGAUUUUCAGUUAAUUUUUCGUGAUUUUAAAACUUCGAAUAUUCUUUUGGAUGACGAUUUGAACCCGAAGCUGUCGGACUUUGGGCUUGCUAGACAGGGUCCCGCUGCUGGAAUCGAUCAUGUAACAACAGCUGUUGUCGGGACGAUCGGUUAUGCAGCACCAGAGUAUCUCCAGACGGGCCGAUUAACAUCAAAAAGUGACGUUUGGAGUUUUGGGGUGGUCCUAUAUGAGCUUAUGACGGGCCGACGAGCAGUGGAACGAAACUUACCAAGAAAUGAACAAAAACUAAUAGAAUGGGUGAAACCAUACGUUUCAGAUUCAAAAAAACUCCAUCUUAUAAUCGACCCACGUCUCGAAGGAGACUAUUCCCUAAAAUCAGCCCAAAAACUCUCCGCUUUAGCCACUAAAUGCCUUACGAAAAACCCGAAAGGCCGACCCAGAAUGAGCGAAGUGGUUGAAAUGAUUGGGAAAAUUAUCAAUGAUUUGUUGCCACCAGAUGAAAACGAGCCCGAGCCUGAGCCUGAACCUGAACCCGAAUCCCGGUUCAUUAAUAAAACCGGAACCGAAAUAGUGCCGAGAAAAGAAGAGGUUAAUGGGAAUUCGACAAAGAAAGCUUUUGAUUUUAAAGAACUGAGGAAUAGAUCAAUUGGGAGAUUGGAUUGGAGAAAUUGGCCAGCAAGUAUGGUUAAACAUAGUGCUUGAUGUUAAAGCUUUUGUGGAUAUGAUUAAAAGGUGUGAAUUUAAAGAUUUUGUUUUACUGUAACAAGUAGUUGUUAAGGAAGGCUAGGUGGUAUACACAAUGUUUGAGUGAUUUCCUAUCGACAUGUGAAAAGAAAACUAUAUAUGAAUUGAUAAUAAAUGCAACAUUUUUUUGACCGACCAA